GAAUUGGGGUCAAUUCGACUUCCUGAUGUAAUAAUCUCAAAAAAAUACGAAGAUUCUGAUCACAAGUGGGAGUUUAGAUUUUCUGAGGUCAGUUAUGCCUCGUAUUUGUUUGAGGAAGAUCAUUAUCUUGAAGAUAUAACACGACAAGCCAAAUUUUCUAAGGACGAUUGGGAUCAUGGAUUGAAAUAUAUAAAAAGUUUUGAUGUACCUGAAGCUAAAGACAUUUGGGAUGAGUUUAAUCAUAUAAUGAUUCAUUUCUAUAAAACGACAAUAGACAUUUACGUUCUUGACCAUGAGAUGAAACUAUUCCACAGAAUGGUCUUAGUUAAAUCAAUAGAAAUACCAUUACUAAGCAAUAAUAGUAAUAUCGCAAUCGAGCAAGAAAAUAGAUUCAAUAAAUCAAUUAAUGAAUUAAAGG